CAGCACAUCAGCUCAUCCGAUGGUCCUCAGUUUAUCUCAGCCCGGUUUAUAGGACCAGAUUUCGCGGCGAAAUGCCACCCAAAGAGCCACAGCUGACCGGACUACAAGCACUGACUGCAGCUAAAUGAGAUUCUAGGAUGGAAAUGUUGCUGAGGGGAAACCUGAGGAGAGGAGUGGCGCUCUGCCUUCUGCUGCUGGCUCUCGUAAAUGAGGCCACAGGCCAGAGAAGAAAGGCAGGACGCAGGAACAACUACAGGCUGCAUGAUGAUGGAGGAAAUGGUCUGACAUGUUCGCUGGAGGUGGCUUUCAUCGUGGACAGCUCAGAGAGUGCCAAAAUAUUCCUGUUUGAGAAGCAGAAGGCCUUCGUGUUGAGCUUCAGCACCCGUCUCGCUAUGCUGCAGGUAGCCGGCUGGACGAUGAAGGUGCGAAUGGCUGCACUUCAGUACAGCAGCUCCGUGUCCAUAGAGCACCGAUUCUCUGACUGGAAAGACCUGGAUUCAUUUCACAGUCGAGUCAGCACCAUGAACUACAUCGGCCAUGGCACCUACACCACCUACGCCAUCACCAACGCCUCGCAGCUGCUGGUGCAGGAGACGCCGGCGGACAGCGUCAGGGUCGCGGUGCUGAUGACCGAUGGGGUCGACCAUCCCCGCAACCCUGACGUGAUUGCAGCUGCAGCCGAGGCCAAAGGUCACGGCACAAAGUUCUUCGCCGUAGGUUUAUCGGACAUCGCCCAGCAGAGUCAGAAUAAUGCCAAGCUCCGCGCCAUCGCCAGCACACCUGCUCAGCAGUUUGUCCAGAGUCUUCUUAAUCCUCAGCUGGAGGAGAAGCUGCUCAAAGAGAUGGGCGCAGUCGCAUUUGAAGGGUGUCCACAGGCUCAAGUGUGUUUGUGUGAAAGAGGAGAGAGGGGCCCCCCGGGGAGUCCAGGUAGAAAAGGGGACCCAGGAUUCAGAGGGCCACCUGGUCUAAAAGGAGCGAGGGGAGAGUCUGGAUUGAACGGUCGACCUGGGAGUGAUGGUCCAGAGGGCCGGCCAGGUUAUAAGGGCAACAAGGGGGAGAGAGGAGACUGUGGCACUCCUGGUGAAAAGGGUGACACUGGACCUGAGGGGCCUGCAGGCCAGCGAGGGCCGAAAGGAGAACAGGGCACGAUAGGACUACCAGGAGACAUGGGUGCUGAGGGCCCACCAGGACCGAAGGGAGACCGGGGGCCCAGCGGUGCUUCCGGACCACCAGGGGACAUUGGUAUCGGGUUCCCAGGAGCUAAGGGUGAAAAAGGCAUUCAGGGUAGACCAGGUCCCACAGGUCCUGUUGGGAUCGGAGAACCAGGACUACCAGGUCCCCCAGGACCACCCGGUGCACAAGGAAACCCCGGACCACCUGGAGAGGGGUUUCCAGGACCGAAGGGUGAUCGAGGAUACGAAGGUCCCAGGGGCAAUCGUGGACUUCCCGGUGUUGGGGUCAAAGGUGACAAGGGCAAUCUGGGCCCGCCUGGGAUUCCAGGUCCAGUUGGCGCUCCUGGUUUAGGACUUCAAGGAGAAAAGGGUGAUCUCGGCCCAGUCGGACCUGCAGGCCCCAGAGGACUUCAAGGUAUUGGAAUAACAGGACCAAAGGGGAAUCAGGGAGUCCCAGGUGAAGCUGGACUGCCAGGUGAGAGAGGUGUGGGCGAACCAGGACCCAAAGGUGACCCAGGGUCUGAGGGGUUACCAGGUAUACCGGGUCAGGCAGGAGAGGAUGGAGCCCCGGGACAAAAGGGUGACAUUGGGUUACCGGGGCCGAGGGGACCUGACGGGGCUCCUGGUAAAGGUGCACCUGGAGAGAGGGGGGACAGAGGUGACAGAGGGACCAGAGGUCAGCCAGGUGCAGUGGGUCCUGUGGGGCCAAUGGGGGCAAAGGGGGAACCAGGAAAUAUUGGGCCACCGGGAAAAACUGGACCACCAGGGAGGGGUAUACCUGGUGCCAAGGGAGAACCAGGUCCAGGAGGUGCACCUGGAGCUGUGGGCGAGCCAGGGACAGGUUUACCUGGACCCAAGGGAGACAGAGGGUCACCAGGCCCUGCUGGGCCACCUGGACAGAAAGGUGACGGUUACUCCGGCCCUCCGGGACUUCCAGGGCCUCCAGGUCUGACGGGAGAAACUGGACCAGAUGGCAUCGGUUUACCUGGACCAAAGGGAGACAGAGGCUUGCCUGGACCUCCUGGACCUGCUGGACCCCCAGGGAUCGGCCUACUUGGUUCUAAGGGUUCAGUUGGCCGAACGGGACCACCUGGUCCACAGGGGUUACCUGGAGAGGGCAUCCAAGGACAAAAGGGGGAGCCUGGAUUUCAGGGGAUCCCCGGCCCCAGAGGUCCUCCUGGACAAGGUCUGCAGGGGGACAAGGGGGAUCGAGGGUUCAGAGGUGAAAAAGGCAAAAAGGGAGAAAGAGGAGAACCUGGAGAGGCAGGAGCCAGCGGACCCUUGGGCAGAGUGGGACAAAAGGGAGAGCCUGGACUUACAAGGGAAGAAAUCAUCAAAAUAGUGCGAUCCAUCUGUAGUUGUGGAGUGAUAUGUCGCCAGACCCCCUUGGAGCUCGUGUUUGUGAUCGACAGCUCUGAGAGCGUCGGCCCCGACAACUUCAACGUGAUCAAAGACUUUGUGAACAGUUUGAUCGACCGAGCGUCGGUCAGCCGGGACACCACCCGGGUGGGGGUGGUCCUUUACAGCCACAUCAACAUGGUGGUGGUCAGCCUCAGACAGGAAGCCACUCGUGACGAGAUCAAGUCUGCGGUGCGCUCAAUGACCUACCUGGGCGAGGGUACGUUCAUGGGCAGCGCCAUCCAACAGGCCAACCAGGUGUUCAAGGCGGCGCGGCCAGGUGUGAGGAAGGUGGCCAUCAUCAUCACGGACGGACAGGCCGACAAAAGAGACGCGAUCAGUCUGGAGAGCGCCGUGUCGGAAGCUCAAGGAAGCAACAUUGAGAUGUUUGUGAUCGGGGUGGUGAAUGAGAGCGACCCCCUGUACGAGGAGUUCAGGAUGGAGCUCAAUCUCAUGGCCACCGACCCAGACAGCGACCACGUGUACCUGAUAGACGACUUCAAAACCCUUCCAACUCUGGAGAGGAAGCUGCUGAGUCGUAUCUGUGAGGACGGAGAGAGACAAUUGUUCAGCUCCAUCCCGAGCUCCAGACUGCCUCCAGGAAUCCCUGAGGUCUCCGGUAACGUUCGAGAACCUCCAUACAGGACCGAUACAGAUACACCCACCUUCACAGGAGACUUCAGGAGAGUUCAGAUGGUGCCCGGCCCUCCAGCGUCACACCUGGACAGAGAACCCAUCACUCCACAGAGACCCAAGACGGACGACAGAUCCUCCACAGAAAUUCAGAGAUUUCCACUCUUCGACAGGGAGCCCUUCAGACCUGUAACAGAGUUCCUCCCACAGUUCGACAUAAAGGACCCCAACAACCACAUGGUGAUGACGGGAGCCAUCGGACCGGCGGGUCCCACUCUGAGGACCCCGCCUGAGGAGAAGACACCACCACCGCUACCACCGACUCCUGUGCUGCUGCCUUCAGACACCAACGGAUCAGAGCGCUGUGGCCACCUCCUGGAUCCAGGACCUUGCCGGGACUAUGUGGUUAAGUGGUACUACGACGCAGCAGCUAAUUCCUGCGCUCAGUUCUGGUUCGGAGGCUGUCUAGGAAACAGCAACCAGUUCGAGACCGAGAAGAGCUGCAGGGAAACCUGCGUCAAGGUCUAACAUGCACGCGCCUGUAGUCACGAACACGUAUGUAAAUGCUCAAAAACAUUUUGCUGUGGCUUCACGUCACAAAGUUCACUUCAACUUCAGUGCCUUAGUAUUUUACUGGUAGCUACUUUGACAGAGUUAGGCCAAAUAAACAGCAAAUGUUGCAAGAGGCAUCAAAAAACCAAAUUAGCCUAAAAUGGAGAUAAGGUUUUAAAUUGCUCAGUAGGCUAAGUGCGAUAAAAUGUGUUUUUUUCCUGUCGGCCAGAAGGAUUUGUGUAUUAAUUGUGUUAAUCAAGCCCAGCUAAUACAGAGAAAAUGAUGUCUGUGAUGUUACUUACACUAUUGAACAGUUCUGUAAAAAAUAAAAUUU